UUUUUAUUUAACGAGUUUGAUAAGCAUUUUCAAAACCUGUCCUUCAUCUGCCGAUGCAGAUGUGGUUAUGUUCAUCUUUGAUUUUAUUGAUUGAGGAUUUUUUCAGAAUUUCGAUUCAUACUUGUCUGUAAUAUAUCAUCCAUGUUGUUUUGUAAUCAGUUAAUUCACUUAUUUUAUUUUUAACUUUUAUUGUAACAGAUAAUUCACAAACCACCCAUAAAAAAAAGGAGAAGAAGAAUUCAAAAGAAAAGCAUGGAAUAAAGCAUUCUGAAUCAGAACAUCUUCAAGGUAAAUACUUUUGAAUUCAUUCAUUAAAAAAACAGUUUAUUUGUAAGUUCAUUACAGUUUAUAUAUAUUUAAAUUGUUUAUGAUAAUGUAUUUUUGCACAAUCGACUAAUCAUUACCCACUCAUUCAUUUAUAUUUUAUUUUAUGGUGAAAGAUGAUAUUUCGCAACGUGUUACCGGAAAAGGAAGGAGAAGGAAUUCAAAAGGGACACCAAAAAAACUGAGGUUUAAUAGGCCUCGGAUCUUGGAAGACGGAAAGAAACCAAGAAAUCCCGCCACCACUCGACUGAGAACUAUAUCCAACAAGAGGAGGAAAAAGGACAUAGACAGUGAAGAUGAAGUUAUACCAGAGCUUGCAACUCCAACAAAGGAAAGCUUUCCAAAGAGAAGAAAGAACGAGAAGAUUAAGAGAUCCGUGGCUCGGACUUUAAAUUUUAAGCAAGAAAUUGUUCUGAGUUGUCUUGAGUUCGACAAGAUUUGUGGACCAAUUUUUCCAAGAGGGAAAAAGAGGACCACCACACGACGCAGAUAUGAUUUCCUUUGUUUUUUACUUCCGAUGCCUGUUUGGAAAAAACAAUCAAGAAGGUCUAAGCGUAGGAAAAAUAUGGUCAGAUGGGCUAGAAUUGCUUCUUCUUCAAAACUGCUAGAAGAAACUUUGCCUUUAAUAGUAAGUCAUCCGACUAUUAAUGGACAAGCAGAUGCUUCUUUACACAUUGAUGACACACUCGUGAGACAUGUAGUCUCAAAGCAAACCAAGAAAAGUGCUAACAAUGUCAUUGAGCAUUUAAAUCGACAAAUAACUUAUCAGAAAGAUCACGGUCUCUCAUCUCUGGCAGAUGUUCCUUUGCACAUUGAAGAUACACUAAUAAAAUCGGCUAGUUCUGUACUUUCAGAACGACCCAUCAAGAAAACUAAGGAUAUUGCUAAGUUAAUCAAAGAUAUGGGAAGAUUAAAGAUCAAUAAAAAGGUAACAACGAUGAUCAAAGCUGACAAGAAACUCGUUACGGCAAAGGUUAAUCUUGAUCCAGAGACCAUUAAAGAGUGGGAUGUCUUAAUGGUGAAUGAUUCACCAAGCCGAUCAUAUGACGAUAAGGAGACGGAGGCCAAAUGGAAAAAAGAAAGAGAGAUUUUUCAAACCCGGAUAGAUCUUUUCAUUAACCGGAUGCAUCGCUUACAAGGCAAUAGAAAGUUUAAACAGUGGAAAGGCUCAGUUGUUGACUCAGUGGUUGGAGUUUUUUUGACACAAAAUACUACCGACUAUCUUUCAAGCAACGCGUUUAUGAGCGUGGCUGCAAAAUUUCCUGUUGAUGCAAGAGAAGGUCUAUCAUACUAUAUUGAGGAACCUCAAGAUGCUAAAAGUUCUGAAUGUAUCAUUUUAUCUGAUGAGUCAAUAUCAAAGGUGGAAGAUCAUGAGAAUACUGCAAAAAGGAAAAACGAGAAAACCGGUAUUAUAGAAGAUGAGAUAGUUGACUGGAACAAUCUUAGAAGGAUGUACACGAAAGAAGGAUCUCGUCCCGAAAUGCAUAUGGACUCUGUUAAUUGGAGUGACGUGAGAUUAUCUGGCCAAAAUGUUUUGGAAACCACCAUUAAAAAACGUGGACAAUUCAGGAUUCUUUCAGAAAGAAUAUUGAAAUUUCUUAACGAUGAAGUUAACCAAAAUGGAAAUAUUGAUCUGGAAUGGCUUCGAAAUGCUCCAUCACAUUUAGUGAAGAGAUAUCUGUUGGAAAUCGAAGGGAUAGGGCUGAAAAGUGCUGAGUGCGUACGACUGUUAGGACUUAAACAUCAUGCGUUUCCGGUUGACACAAAUGUUGGUCGUAUAGCAGUUCGACUAGGUCUGGUUCCUCUUGAACCUUUACCAAAUGGAGUUCAAAUGCAUCAACUAUUCGAGUACCCUUCAAUGGAUUCGAUUCAAAAGUACCUUUGGCCACGAUUGUGUAAACUUCCCCAAGAAACUUUAUAUGAACUACAUUAUCAAAUGAUAACAUUUGGAAAGGUUUUCUGCACAAAAACUAUUCCUAAUUGUAAUGCAUGUCCAAUGAAGUCAGAAUGCAAAUAUUUUGCAAGUGCAUAUGUCAGUUCUAAAGUUCUUCUCGAGAGUCCAGAAGAAAAGAUGCAUGAGCCUAAUACUUUUAUGAAUGCACAUUCUCAAGACGUUGCUGUAGAUAUGACAUCAAAUAUAAAUUUGGUAGAAGAAUGUGUUUCUUCUGGAUGUAGCGAUCAAGCUAUAUGUUAUAAGCCACUAGUUGAGUUUCCUUCGUCCCCAAGAGCGGAAAUUCCCGAGUCAACAGACAUUGAAGAUGUUCCAUUCAUGAAUCUUUAUCAGUCAUAUGCUAGUGUUCCUAAAAUUGAUUUUGACUUGGAUGCAUUGAAGAAAAGUGUAGAAGAUGCACUUGUAAUAAGUGGCAGGAUGAGCAGUUCUGAUGAAGAAAUAUCAAAAGCAUUAGUGAUUCCCACUCCUGAAAAUGCAUGCAUUCCUAUCAAACCACCUCGGAAAAUGAAGUAUUAUAAUCGACUAAGAACUGAACAUGUGGUUUAUGUGCUUCCUGAUAAUCAUGAGCUGCUACACGAUUUUGAGAGAAGAAAACUUGAUGAUCCAAGUCCUUACCUUCUUGCGAUUUGGCAACCAGGUGAAACAUCAUCCUCGUUCGUUCCACCAAAGAAAAAGUGUAGUUCUGAUGGAUCAAAGCUUUGCAAGAUAAAGAAUUGUUCAUAUUGUUGGACUAUACGAGAACAAAACUCCAACAUUUUUCGCGGAACAAUUUUGAUUCCAUGUAGAACAGCAAUGCGAGGGGCCUUUCCACUUAAUGGAACAUACUUCCAAACCAAUGAGGUUUUUGCUGAUCAUGAGACAAGCUUAAACCCCAUUGUCUUUCGUAGGGAGUUGUGUAAGGGACUAGAAAAACGUGCACUAUAUUGUGGUUCAACAGUGACAUCUAUUUUUAAACUUUUAGACACAAGACGGAUUGAACUUUGCUUUUGGACAGGGUUUUUAUGUUUGAGAGCAUUUGAUCGAAAGCAACGAGAUCCAAAAGAGCUUGUCCGACGUCUACACACUCCACCUGAUGAGAGAGGGCCAAAGUUUAUGAGUGAUGAUGAUAUAUAGUUUCAUUUUAUUCUUUUUGGUCUAGUUAGCAAAUUAUUUAAACGAACGAAUCUUUUCUUAUAAUAACAAGCGAUUCAACGAUUGAGUAAAUGCACGUACGUAUUGUUUCUUGAUUUAAAUGCAUGUACAUUAUAAUUAUUUCACAAGUGGUUUUCAUAUAGUAGUUGUGGAU